UGGUUCCUUUAACCCGGAAAUACUUUCGCAGCCUUGUCCACACAGCCCCCGAGAGAGAGGAAAGGGAAUCGUCGAUGCGCUGAAAGAAACGGAGGAUGUCGGAGUACGAAGCUGUCCAGCGAAGCGCUCUUCGUAUAAAGGGGGGCACCGACGGCGGGUCUGCGGGGAAACGAAAGAAGAAGAAAGAUAAAGAAAGAAGCAAGAUUGUAGACCAGAUUGUGAGCAGCAAGAAGCAGGAGGAAGAAGAGGAGAAGAAGCGGGCUCUAGACAAACGUACUCCAGCACAGUUGGCCUAUGAAAAAAUGCAGGAAAAGCGGCAAAUAGAACGAAUCUUGAAAAAAGCAUCCAAAACCCACAAGCAGAGAGUAGAGGAUUUUAAUAGACACUUGGAUACUCUGACUGAGCAUUAUGACAUCCCCAAAGUCAGCUGGACUAAAUGAGCACCUUUUUCAUCAACAUUUCCUUCUGAUAUCUUUUGUUUCUGAAAUAAGCAGGCGUGUUGAGCUGCAACUCAUUUGGCAGAAUUGCUGUUUUCUUGUAACUUCCUUUUCUUGAUCAAACUUGCUUUUAAAGAGACACAUGGCACCCAUUACUUUGCGUAACUGGCAGUUAGCUGUUUAAGUUAUUUCUGCUUUAUUGUUGCACAUUUAAAGACAAAUUAAUCCUUGGCUAAUUAUAGACAAGAUCAGGCACGUACAAAACUUAGGAUAUAUGCAGUCUGUUGCUGAAAAGCAGCUCAAGGACAAUUUAAAUGCUUAGGGUGGGAGAAUUACUCUAUGUACCGUUUUCUGAUUGCUGCAUUGUAAAAGUAUGCAAUAAAUAUAUACAAAGGGAAUAAUCACAUCAGCCAAAGCAUUCAUCCAGCAUAUUUCCAUCAUUUCUCAACACUCUGAUCUGGCUUUACUGUCUCCUUGGUAUACAAUAUCAACAAUUCCUAAGAAAUAUUAUUUGUAGAAGACAAUUCUAAUGACUCCCAGCUUCAUCUACUGGAAGGACCACUGCAUUCUCCACUGUGAUUUACUUAUGAAAAUGUUUAAAUAAACUGCAGUAAUUAAAAAACACAUAUCUUGAUUAAAAGUAAAGAGCGAGCUUAUACCAUAUUGAAAGUUGAACACCACUGCAAAAAAGUGAUAUUGAAACUAAAUGAGUUGACUAAAACCAGCAAUAUUGUUUUAAUUCUUACCCACUUAAAGCCUGCUCCCAUGUACGGGACAACAGGAUAAUCAUUUUGGCUUUGUAGCACCAAUGUUUAAUUUUAAACCUAAAAUCCAGAAAGGGACAAAAAUGAAAUGUAAUGUAAACCCAAAUUAUAUCUCAGUAAAUCUAUGUACUAUUGUGAUCUUGUA